AUGGAAGAUAACGUGAAGAGAAGCCAGGGCAGGGUUCUAAAAGGGAAGGCAAGCAAAGCCAAGAUGGCGGCUAGUAAGUUUCUGAAAUGUGAUCCAUCUGAGUUAGUUGCAGAGAAAGAAAAGGCAGGCUAUAGUAACAUUGUAUAUAAAAUUAUAAAGGGCAAGGAUAAAUAUCUGUAUAAAGAAUACUUAGCAAAAACAAAGGAGUCAAUGGAGCUACGCUGGCAGAGGUUUUUUAAAAGCCCCAAAAUACUUUUCGAGUGCGAGUACUAUCAUAUUGAUGAGUACAUUGACCACGUGCCACUUACGAAAGAAUUAAUUAAAGACAAAGAAAUCAUACAGAAUCUAGCCAGGGCAGUUGCGGAGAUACAUUCGGCCGAGAACGUUCCAGAAUGUCGCGAAAUGAAUAUUUUCUAUUUAAAUGCCAUGAAAAGGGAAAGAAACAACUUAAAUUCCAGAAUACGAUUUAUUAGAUUUGCACAGAUCUGCAAGAAGAUAGAAAAAAAGAUAGAGUGUCACUAUAGUGAAAGCAUGUUCAGUAAAGACAUGUGUAUCUGCCAUAACGACUUGCAAUUUGGAAUAUUUUGGUUCUUCCGCAUAUGA